GAUUGGAACACCUGAAUCACAUGAUUGGGAGGGGAUUGGAACACUUGAAUCACAUGAUAUGGAGGGGAUUGGAACACCUGAAUCACAUGAUUGGAGGGGAUUGGAACACCUGAAUCACAUGAUUGGGAGGGGAUUGGAACACCUGAAUCACAUGAUUGGGAGGGGAUUGGAACAACUGAAUCACAUGAUAUGGAGGGGACUGGAACACCUGAAUCACAUGAUAUGGAGGGGAUUGGAACACUUGAAUCACAUGAUAUGGAGGGGAUUGGAACACCUG